AUGUGGCACAGCUGGGCCAUCACCUGGGCUGCCUUGCCCAUGGCGGCCGAAAAGUUGUCGCCAGCCUUGAUCGUGAGGUUACAGGACCAGGUCCACGACGAGAAGCGUUCUAUGCGCGGUGAGUACCACGGCGUGGAAGUGCGUUAUUAUGACCUCCUUCCAGACUGCGGAUGGCACCUGGGUCGCUUUGGGAUUGCACCGGAUGAGAACACUUGCGCCCUGCUGCUCAACAACCCGUCCAACCCCUGCGGCGCAGUCUUCACGCGUGAGCAUCUGGUAGCAGUGCUAUCCACUGCAGAAGAGCUCGGUCUUCCUGUGAUUGCGGACGAGGUCUACGCCGACAUGAGCUUCGCCAGGCCCUUUGUCGCCUGUGCCGCUGCUACGGCAAGCAUCCCGAUUCUUUCGGUCUGCGCCCUGUCUAAGCGCUGGCUGGCUCCAGGUUGGAGAGCGGGUUGGAUCACGGUGCACGAUGCUGACGGGGCGCUGGCAGCAGCUGGAGUGCCGGAAACGCUUCUGAAGCUCUGCCAGGUGUCGCUCGGACCCUCCGCUCCCAUCCAGGGAGCCAUUCCCGAGAUCUUCGCUUCCGCACCCAACGGCUGUGACUGGCACAGCGGCGUGCUGAAAGCUCUCGAGGAGUCAGCUCAAUGCUGCAUGCGGAGGUGCCGAUCAAUUCCCGGACUGGAGGUCGCUUCGGAGGCCCAGGGCGCGAUGUAUUUGAUGGUGCGUUUGAAGCCGAACGCCCUGGACCUCGGCACAGAUGAUGUCCUGCUCGCAAGCAAGCUCCUGGAAGAGGAGUCCGUCGCCAUCUUGCCUGGCCAAUGUUUUGCGGCUCCUGGGUACUUCCGCGUGGUCUUCGCAGCGCCUGAGAAGGUGCUGGAGGAGGCCAGCUAG